AUGCGGAUUGAGGACUGCAGCUUUUGUGGCCGUCCGGCCUAUCCCUCCAAGGGAAUUACCUUUGUCAGAAACGAUGGCAAGUCGUUCAGGUUCUGCAGAUCAAAAUGCAACCGCAACUACAAGAUGAAGCGUAACCCCCGCAAGCUCAAGUGGACAAAGGCCUACCGCCGAAACGCCGGCAAGGAGAUGACGGUCGACAGCACGCUGCAGUUCGCCAUGCGCCGCAACGAGCCCGUCCGCUACGACCGCGACCUGGUGAACAAGACCAUGGCGGCCAUGAAGCGCAUCAGCGAGAUCCGCGCCCGCCGCGAGCGCGUCUUCUACAAGAAGCGCAUGGCCGGCAAGCGCGAGAAGGAGCUGGCCGUGGCGCGCAAGCUGGUCGCCGAGAACGAGCACCUGCUGCCCCGCCUGCGCGGAAGCGAGAAGAAGAGGCUGGCGGAGCUGGCCGCCCAGGGCGAGGACGUGGCCCUCGAGGAGGAGCUGCUGGCGACGCGGAAGAACAAGAUCAAGGCCUUUGGAGGGGAGACGAGGAAACUCAAGGUCCGGGUGGAUGGAGGCGUGGAGGAGAUUGUGGAAUCCUUCCGGGGAGAGGGUGGAGCGGACGAGGACGAGGACGAGGACGAGGAGGAUGUCGACAUGGAGGACUAA